AUGGCAUCUCCACACGUAAACUCGAUUCUAGAAGUAGAUCAAGUAGACGCGGAAGACGCCAGCCAGCGCCAACUACGGGAGUUUGCAGAGUUCCAGAAACUCAACCCCAGCCUCGACACUGAUGAAGUCGUAAAGAGCUUCCUCAGCGCCCAGCAACAGCAACAGCAACAGCAACAGCUGCAGUCCCCAAUAGAUUUUAACACAAUCCAGCGGAGCUCAGCGAUCCAGAUAGGCGGCGGCGGUGGUGGUGGUAUGAAUAUUAAUGGUAGCGGUGGCUUUAGGCCAGAAUCGUGUCCGCAGACAUCGAAUCUCCCACCACUUGGUGGGGCUGGGGGCCAGCGGAUGGUGCGAGGAAACUCGACCAACCCGCAGCACAACAGCCUUCAGCAUAGCUUCGCCCUCCGCGCCGGCCGCUCCCCCACGCAAUUCGUCAACACGGUGCCCGUCACACCGGCGGACCCACCGCAACCACAGCCACUCACACAGUACACCUCGGCCCCCAGCACUGCACCCACCUACCAAGUCCUGCACUCUCUCGGCCUCGACCUCGACACCGGCGCCGCCCUCCAGGAGUACCUCUACCAGAACGAUGACCCGUUCCCGCUGGCCCUGCGCCCCGAAAGCUUCAGCGGGUCCCGCUCCAACAAGGGCUACCCCGCACUCACCAUCAACCCGUUCAGCGCGCCGCAGAUGCGGUCGCAGCCGUCGUCGCAGCUCUCGUCGAGCUACACGGAGGACUCUGUGUUCCCGGACCUGGACCUGAGCCCGCAGAACAACAAGCACACGCGCAGCUUCUCGCACGGCUCCGCCGAGUCUGAGCGCUUCGUAUUUGGCCAGCACGAGAUGAGCCGGCAGGGCAGCGGGGCGAGCGGGUGCGAUGCGGGCUUCUCCAUGCUGAGGGUCCAGUCGUCGACGGGGAGUAUGGGUGGCGACAUUUUCCCUGAUGAUAUGGAUAUGGGGGAUCUGUUGUGCGGCGUGGGGGGGUUUGCGGGGGCGUGCGGGGACCUGGGGAGGGUGGAGGGGCAGGUGGUGUUGAAGAGGUCGUCGGAGGAGCUGGAUGGUGGGUUGGCGGGGCUGACGGAUUACUAUUCGCAGGGUUCGCCGGGGCUGAAGAAACAGAGGAGGGUUAAGGAGGAGGAUGUGAAGGAGGAGGCGUCCGCGGCGGUGAAGCAGGAGCUGAAGAAUUGCGAAGAGAUGGAGAAGAAGCUUGUAGCUGAGAUACUACAGCGUCCUCCUCCCGUGCCGCCGACUCCUCAGUCUACGUCCGACACUACCACUACUAUUACUACUACUACUAUGGAUGCCAAACAGCAAGUGCCAAAGCCAGAGUCGCAAAAGCCCUCAAGCCCCGUCUCCCCAGUCCGGCCAAAGAGCACCACCACUGCCUCCCGCCCGCUCCCAACCAUCAAGCCCGGGAAGAACCCAAACACGCCACCGGCCGUCAGCGCCACGACGAAAUCCACCUAUGUCCGCCCCCCGCACCCACGCGUCUUCUGCAACAAAUGCGCGGCCCAUCCUGAGGGCUUCCGCGGUGACCAUGAGUUACGUCGUCACACCGACAGAGAGCACGCCUUGACCAGAAAGAUGUAUGUCAUCAACGACAUCUCAAAGGGGAAGACACUCCUUGCCAAGUGCAAAGCCUGCCAGAGCGGGAAGAAGUACGGCGUGGACUAUAAUGCCGCUGCGCACCUGAGGAGACAGCACUUCAAGCCCAAGGUGCGGGGUGGCAAGAAUGGCAAGAAGGCGGCUGCGGCUGCGGCUGCGGCCGCAUCAGUGGGUGCGCUGGAGCAGCAUGCAGUGCCCGAGAUGGCGGAGCUGAGGAAGUGGAUGAUUGAGGUGAAUGUGGAGGUGCCGCGGGAUAAGACCUCAUAUAGCAAGCGGGGAAGAGACAACGCUGCCGGCGCCGCUUCAGCUGCGGCCUGUCAGGACGAGGGUGAUAGCAGCGAAGAUAACGAGGACGAUGACGGCGGCGAGGGUCAAGCCGCCGCCGCCGCCGCCGCCGCCGAUAAUCAGCUAAACGCGAUGGACUCGUUGAUGCAGGGCAUGCCACUGGGCGGCGUCAACCACCACCACCACCAAACCCCCAAUGACGGUUUCUCGUGGGCCUCGUGGGACAAUACCGCCAACUUCACAUAUGCGGACCCGAAGAUCAUGCAGCACUUUACCCACCAGUUUGGUAUCCAGACAUCUGCUGGCGCGGGCUCGAUCCCUCUCACCAUUGCGGGCGGGUUCAACCAGCACGCGGCGGUACACAACAGCUUGCUGCCAAUGCAUCAGGCCAUGAUGAUGAUGCAUAGUGACCCGCAGCAGAUGCAGCAGCAGCAGCAGCAGCAACUGCCCUAUUUUGGGCAUGAGGUGGAUACUAGCGCCUUUGGAGAGUGCAUGGCUGCCGGGGCUGGGAUUGGGGCUGUUGGGGUUGGGUCAAAGUUCUCGGAGCUGGGGCAGCUGUUUCCAGGGAUUAAUGUGGAGGUUGGGCAUGAUGUUUGA